AUGUGCAAAUAUACUGUCUUCAACUUCCUCUGCGGAGCUCAGAAGCUCAAAAUCGUAUCAACAUGCAGCCAGGCUAAGACCAACUACCAAGGCCUGCUGUUUUGCCAGGACGAUCCGCACGCGCAUAUUAGCGACGGAAAAUCGCGCGACUAUGCUGACCAGACUUACGGACCUGGAGUCUGUGCAAACGUCAACUGCAGAACAGCGCACGGUAUGGCUCCUCGCAAGCAAGUUGACUUCAAAGAGCGCGAUCUCAUCGAGGAUGAUCGUGACUUCGACAUGUCUCCAGAAGCUUGCGCGGAGCGCGAAGAACGAUGGUAUCGUCAAUGCCUCUCGACCCAUCAACAGCUCGAAGUCAUCGGUGCACAAAUGCCGCCAGCGGUCGAUGCCUUAAGCUCGUACGCCAAGUGGUGGAUUUACAUCGAAAAUAUGCCCGCUGACUGGGUGGCAACAUGGGAGCAACUGUCUCUUGUCGACAACCCAGACGAGAUCUCCUUCCUAGAGCUCAACCCUCGCUACAUGACACAACGUGCCCUCCAUCACGUCACCGGACAUUACCUACCCGCCAACAUCACCGACACCCGCCACAGCAGGCACAAAGUCGAUGCCGUAACCACAACUCCUCGCAUGCCUGCUCUCGGCCCUUUCAAGACCAAGUCACACACGUGCAAACCUAACGUAGGGUACUGCAAGACUGGUGGCGACUAUCACGGCAAAGAGUACUCGAAGAAGCCUCACAAGUACACUGAAGCAACAUUCGUAGAUCUCUUGCAGGCACUUGCGAACGAUCGUGCUACUGACCUUUCCGGGUUGGGCGUCGAUAUGCCACACGUGCGUCCAACCCUGAACAUGCCCACUCCCUUCCACGGCAACAACUUCAAUAGGAAGGCGCUGACCUUCGAGGACACCGGCAAGAUGGUUGAUGAUUUCAUGGUUGACAAAUUUGGCCUGGAAUAUCAAACAGGUAAUCCUGCCGCCCUAGCCGUUGCUGAUGCUGAGGAUGAGAUGCCGUUCAGCUUUGACGAUACUCCAUAUUCAGAUGAUUCAAGUGCUACCGCUGAUGCACAGCUCGUAGAAGCCAUCCUCACAUCGACUACCGCUGCUGAGCACGCUGUCCUCGAUGGAAUGCAAGCUGAUGAUGCUCUCGGUGGCCCUGACGACGAAUCGGACGCCAUGAUGCUUGACAUUUGA